CAGAUCGCCCACACCAUGGCCAGCCCCAGUCUCGCCUGCUGCCUGCUCGGCCUACUGGCUCUGACCUCAGCCUGCUACAUCCAAAACUGCCCCCUGGGUGGCAAGAGGGCUGCGCUGGACCUCGAUGCACGCAAGUGCCUCCCCUGCGGCCCCGGCGGCAAGGGUCGCUGCUUCGGGCCCAGGAUUUGCUGCGGGGACGAGCUGGGCUGCUUCGUGGGCACGGCUGAGGCGCUGCGCUGCCAGGAGGAGAACUACCUGCCCUCCCCGUGCCAGUCGGGCCAGAAGCCCUGCGGGAACGGGGGCCGCUGCGCCGCCGCGGGCAUCUGCUGCAGCCCGGAUGGCUGUCGCAUGGACCCCGCCUGCGACCCUGAGGCCGCCUUUUCCGAGCGCUGACCCACCAUGGCUGCGGACGCCCUCGGAGCCCACCCUUCUCUCCAAAGCCAACACCAGAAG